GUUUCUACGAUAAGAAUCCACUUCAUCCUGUGUUAUCGAGUCGCUCCAUCUUAAAUCCUGUUAACAAGUCACACCAUCCCGUUCAGCACCAUGUCUUCUAUCAAAAUCACCUCAUUGCUGCUCUUAUGUAUUUGGAGUAUUGGUGGAGAAUUUAUCUGUCCUCGACCACGAGGAUAUUUCCCCCAUCCUCAUCAAUGUAAAAAAUACUAUGUCUGUAUGGGUAAUAAAAGCUCUUUACAAACAUGUCCUGACCAAAUGCUGUUUGAUGUCAACAGACGAAGCUGUUUUACUCGCUCCAAAGUCAAAUGUGGAGAUAGAUUACAAGAAGACAAGACUGAGAUGCCUGCUAACAGUACACACACACAAUAUACAGUCAGUGGUGUUUUUGUAAAUAUAACUCUCAAUAAUACAACGCCACGUCCGGUAGAUUAUAAUGUUACCACGUUUAAUGAAUCUAAAUGGAUAACUAAUAAUACAAAUGGAAAUGUAACAGAUUCUGCAUCAAAUGUUACUAAUGUGGUAUCUGAUUUCAUCACCGGUGCUACAAGAACGGUCAAUGUGUCUGUUUCCGAGCAGGAUUGGACAACAGAGCCUGGUAAACCUGUAAAUAUAACAGAUUUGAUAUUGGAUAUCAAUUCUACAACAGUACCCGAGAUAAGUAGCAUACAUUAUACUUCAUUAAUGUCUACUCGGCCAACAUCUAAACUAACUACUGAAGGUGAUGUCAACAAAACUGAUUCAACUAUUGAAAAACUUCUAACAACCUUAAGUGAUCAUGAAUCAACUACUGAUUCAACUACUGAGAGAGUUCUAACCACCUUAUAUGAUGAAUCAACUACUGAGAGAGUUCUAACCACCUUAUAUGAUGAAUCAACUACUGAGAGAGUUCUAACCACCUUAUAUGAUGAAUCAACUACUGAGAGAGUUCUAACCACCUUAUAUGAUGAAUCAACUACUGAGAGAGUUCUAACCACCUUAUAUGAUGAAUCAACUACUGAGAGAGUUCUAACCACCUUAUAUGAUGAAUCAACUACUGAGAGAGUUCUAACCACCUUAUAUGAUGAAUCAACUACUGAGAGAGUUCUAACCACCUUAUAUGAUGAAUCAACUACUGAGAGAGUUCUAACCACCUUAUAUGAUGAAUCAACUACUGAGAGAGUUCUAACCACCUUAUAUGAUGAAUCAACUACUGAGAGAGUUCUAACCACCUUAUAUGAUGAAUCAACUACUGAGAGAGUUCUAACCACCUUAUAUGAUGAAUCAACUACUGAGAGAGUUCUAACCACCUUAUAUGAUGAAUCAACUACUGAGAGAGUUCUAACCACCUUAUAUGAUGAAUCAACUACUGAGAGAGUUCUAACCACCUUAUAUGAUGAAUCAACUACUGAGAGAGUUCUAACCACCUUAUAUGAUGAAUCAACUACUGAGAGAGUUCUAACCACCUUAUAUGAUGAAUCAACUACUGAGAGAGUUCUAACCACCUUAUAUGAUGAAUCAACUACUGAGAGAGUUCUAACCACCUUAUAUGAUGAAUCAACUACUGAGAGAGUUCUAACCACCUUAUAUGAUGAAUCAACUACUGAGAGAGUUCUAACCACCUUAUAUGAUGAAUCAACUACUGAGAGAGUUCUAACCACCUUAUAUGAUGAAUCAACUACUGAGAGAGUUCUAACCACCUUAUAUGAUGAAUCAACUACUGAGAGAGUUCUAACCACCUUAUAUGAUGAAUCAACUACUGAGAGAGUUCUAACCACCUUAUAUGAUGAAUCAACUACUGAGAGAGUUCUAACCACCUUAUAUGAUGAAUCAACUACUGAGAGAGUUCUAACCACCUUAUAUGAUGAAUCAACUACUGAGAGAGUUCUAACCACCUUAUAUGAUGAAUCAACUACUGAGAGAGUUCUAACCACCUUAUAUGAUGAAUCAACUACUGAGAGAGUUCUAACCACCUUAUAUGAUGAAUCAACUACUGAGAGAGUUCUAACCACCUUAUAUGAUGAAUCAACUACUGAGAGAGUUCUAACCACCUUAUAUGAUGAAUCAACUACUGAGAGAGUUCUAACCACCUUAUAUGAUGAAUCAACUACUGAGAGAGUUCUAACCACCUUAUAUGAUGAAUCAACUACUGAGAGAGUUCUAACCACCUUAUAUGAUGAAUCAACUACUGAGAGAGUUCUAACCACCUUAUAUGAUGAAUCAACUACUGAGAGAGUUCUAACCACCUUAUAUGAUGAAUCAACUACUGAGAGAGUUCUAACCACCUUAUAUGAUGAAUCAACUACUGAGAGAGUUCUAACCACCUUAUAUGAUGAAUCAACUACUGAGAGAGUUCUAACCACCUUAUAUGAUGAAUCAACUACUGAGAGAGUUCUAACCACCUUAUAUGAUGAAUCAACUACUGAGAGAGUUCUAACCACCUUAUAUGAUGAAUCAACUACUGAGAGAGUUCUAACCACCUUAUAUGAUGAAUCAACUACUGAGAGAGUUCUAACCACCUUAUAUGAUGAAUCAACUACUGAGAGAGUUCUAACCACCUUAUAUGAUGAAUCAACUACUGAGAGAGUUCUAACCACCUUAUAUGAUGAAUCAACUACUGAGAGAGUUCUAACCACCUUAUAUGAUGAAUCAACUACUGAGAGAGUUCUAACCACCUUAUAUGAUGAAUCAACUACUGAGAGAGUUCUAACCACCUUAUAUGAUGAAUCAACUACUGAGAGAGUUCUAACCACCUUAUAUGAUGAAUCAACUACUGAGAGAGUUCUAACCACCUUAUAUGAUGAAUCAACUACUGAGAGAGUUCUAACCACCUUAGAUGAUGAUGAAUCAACUACUGAAAGAGUUCUAACCACCUUAAGUGAUCAUGAAUCAACCACCAAAAAAAUUCAAACAACUUUAAGUGAUUACGAUGACUAUCCUCUACUCGACAUCAUCAUCUGUCCAGAAGCAUAUGGACUUUACCCACAUCCGACAGACAGACAUAAAUAUGUACACUGCCAAGAAUGGUAUCCCCAUAUCUUAACUUGUCCAGCCAACUUAGUCUUUGAUAAUAUAAAGAAAGUAUGUGUUUGGAGGAUAAAGAAACACUAAUAAAAUGUUAAUAAAAUAUGUAUGAGUGUCUUGGUGUUGGAAAUAUAAUAAUAAAAUGGCACAAG